AUGAAUUUCUUAGCUGUUGAGUCAAUGUCAGAUUGGUCUGCUAGUGAAAACGCGGAAAUGGUUUUUGUUAAUUUAUUUGAUAAAACAAAUUCUCUUGAAACUGAUGAAAUUAGUACCAACAGCAAUUUGAAAAGGUUUUAUAUUCCUACAGACCAAGAAUUGAAUGAUGUAAUUUCAUACUCAAAGGUGGUAAAUGCAGAGCUUUCAACACAAAAUUGCAAAUGA